ACAAAUUGCGGCGCCCCCUUCCGCCCCCGAGCCAGGCUGUGUACUGUAUUAGGGAGGCAGUCGUGGCACGUCCGUGUGAGAUGCAGAAGGGGGAGGAAGGUUGAGAAGACUAAACAUCAGCCAGAGCAUGUUCUCGAUGCAACAGUUCCCUGCCCUGCCUCCGGAAGAAGAGCGUUACCGCCAGGUCCUCUCCUCUGAUCGGAUUCAGAGCGGGGUUCAAGGAACUGGCUAGAAUUGGAGCGCGCAGUGCAAAAGAGCGUGAUCGCCGCGAGAUGCUCUCUGCGCAUGCGCGGUCUGGCUAACUACUGCUGUGAAAAUCUCCGAUCUGCGGUGCCGGGGCAAGCCCAGCACCUACAGUGGAGCACCCACGGGGCCACACAUCUCGAAGGUACUAGGAACAGAUGAAGAUAAUAUGGGGGAUAGUUGCUCUCAGAAGCUGGCUUCUACCAAAUACCUUCGACUUUUGCUACUAAUUUUGAUUCCGUGCAUCUGUGCUGUCAUCCUGCUAUUGGUGAUCCUUCUUACCUUUGUAGGUAUAUUAGAGAAAACAUGUUUUUAUUCAAAUGGGAGUGACCUGCUAGCUGCUGGUGGCAACAUUCGAACAUCUGAUAUUCCUUUUCCACAUAUCGUUGAAAAUGGUUUGGAUGUGCUUCCCACAGCGGAUCUUAAAAUACUGCCAUCAUCCUGGACCCAAAGCCCUUUGUCCCAUGAUGACCAAAUUCAUGAAAACUUCAGUAUGUUUAGGCAGGCUUUGCAGGAAGAUUCACUGGCUCCUGUUACACCAGCACCACCAUUCAACCUUACUACUGCAGAUGUUGAUAUUUUGACCAGAGCCCCUGAAGACAGUACACAAUCACUGAGCAGUACAGAGGAGGGUGCACGUUGGUCCACAGAUACAUCCGUCAAGAUCACAGAUAGAUUAUCCUCUUUACCUCCGUUAAGUUCUACCCAUCCAGCUGUGGUACGAGAAAAAACUCAAACAAAAUCCUUAUACCCGAACCCACGAACUAAAAUGGAGCACCACGGGAGACGAACAAACACUGACAGGACUUGGGACGGCAGACAGUGACUGACAGGCUACAAUACGGACGGACAGUGGCGAACCCGAACCUUUCCUUGGUCAGGGCUUAUAAGCCCUUCAAGGCGGGAAAAGGGUGGUAAGGGUUGUGUGCAGCAAACGGUGCCAUGUGCAACUCUCCAGUAGGGAGGGAUGCACAGUUUCUGAGCGGUGUGCAGCUCAUUUGAGUGCCCAGUGCACAGUUUUGGACUGAGUGCAAACUAUAGUGCGGGGUGCACUGAGCAGAGAACCGUAUGCACCUAGGUUUUGGCGGGAGAAGGGUAACAAAGGGAGAAGAAGGAAAACAAGAUGGAAUCUAGAGAGACUCGAUUUUGAACAUAAUAGCUCUAAAUGUCUUUUCUCUGGCAACAUCAGAAAUCUAGAAUCAUCUUGCCUCUGGAUGAUGCUAUCAUGGAAAUAGCCGAUGAGGUCUGGCAGACACCGGCCUCAGUCCCCCCAACGAGUAAAAAGGCAGAUAAAAGAUACUUCAUCCCUGCCAAGGGUAGCGAAUUUUUGUUCCCAUACGCUAACCUAAUUCUCUGGUAAUGGACGCAGCACAACAGAGAUCCAAAGUCCCCCAACACAAAGCCACCCCAGGGGAUAAGGAGGGCAAACGCCUAGACCUAUUCGGCAGAAAGGUCUACUCAUCGGCCACUCUAAUGCUGAGAAUGGCAAAUUAUUCAGCUCACCUCUCAAAUCACAGUUUUGAUAACUAUACCAAGCUUAUCCGUCUCCUCAAUGAACUCUCUGAUGCCAAACGCCAGAUUUUGAAGUCAGUCAUACAAGAGGGAUACACCCCCUCUAGAACAGCAUUACAA